AAAUACACAAUCAAUCCCAUCUCCCCAUGCUUCUCUCCACCGGAUUUUCCAACUUCAUUUUUCUACCGGUUGUUUGUUUGGUUAAAACAGAGUAGAAACUUUCAUCAUUUUCUUCCAAUGGCACCAAAGGCCGAGAAGAAGCCUGCCGAGAAAAAGCCUGUAGCAGAGAAAGCUCCAGCCUCAGUGGAGAAAAAAAUAUCAAAGGAAGGCGGGGAUAAGAAAAAGAAAAAGAUCAAAAAGAGCACAGAGACUUACAAGAUUUACAUUUUCAAGGUCUUGAAACAAGUUCAUCCUGAUAUCGGUAUCUCAAGCAAAGCCAUGGGGAUUAUGAACAGUUUCAUCAAUGAUAUAUUUGAGAAAUUGGCUCAGGAAGCUUCUAGAUUGGCCAGGUACAAUAAGAAGCCAACGAUUACAUCGAGGGAGAUCCAAACGGCAGUGAGAUUAGUUUUACCUGGCGAAUUGGCAAAACACGCCGUCUCUGAAGGUACCAAGGCGGUUACCAAGUUUACCAGUUCUUAGAUUUAUAGACUUUUUGUUUUGAGAUUUUAAUCCCAUUGCUACGAUAUUAAAUUAUAUAUUAUAUUUCUUUUGAAUAUAUGUUAUACUUAAAUGAUGCUCUAAUGUCCUAGAUGCAAUAGAUUAAAGAAUGGAACUUGGCACUUUUUUUUUUUCCUUUAA